AUGUCCCGCCUAUCCCACCUCAGAUCCCUCGUCUCUUCCCUCCCUGCAACGCCCCUCCGUCCAGCCGGCUCUCCACAACUAUCAAAUGCCCUCGAGUCAAUCAUCGGCCGGGCGGCGAAAAGCUCGGGUGUCGCAGACGGUGCGCUUGAAAAGGAGUGGGAAGCGAUGAGUGCGAGUCUGGAUCGGUUGAAGAGUGGCGCGGCGAGCAAAGCAUACCCAUUAUCGACCCGCACACUGAGACCAUCACAUGAUCCGAUGUACUACACCAGAAUCAGGGAAGGCGUGCAGCUGGCGGCGCAAGGCAAGGGGAGAAGUUGGUGGAAGAGCUUCUUCCAGCUCAAGGGGGACGCAUAG